AUGCGUGUCUCCGUCGUUGGUAUCGUGUUUCUGGCCUCGUUGGUUAUCACAGGAUGGAUAGCUUUGGCGUACGUGCUGACUCCGAGCCUUCUGCUGGUAGUUCUACCUUUCCCGAAGUAUCUGCAGACUAAGCACUUUUACCGCCGCGUCACUCACUUUAUACAGUGGGCUUGGAUGGGUCAAGUUGUUCUUUUGCUUGAAAAUUUUUUUGGUGUCCAGGUACAAAUUUUCGGUGAUCACGAGACAAAAAUACAAGAAAGGCACAUGUUGCGAGACCGAGCCAUAUGGCUUUGCAAUCAUCGCACUCGAAUUGAUUGGAUGUUAUUGUGGAGCGUCGCAUGGCGAACGCGCACGCUUCAAAUACUACGAAUCGUAUUGAAGGCUCCGCUGCGUAAAAUUCCGAUUUUCGGAUGGGCCAUGCAACACUUUAUUUUCAUAUUUCUGCAACGUCAUUGGGCAGAUGACCAAGUGAAUUUGCGCAAGCUGCUACCAUUUUUUUCAUCGCUAGAACCGGAGACUUCAUAUCUCAUAUUUCCCGAAGGAACCGAUCUCAGCGAAUGCAAUCUGGAAAAGAGUGCCAUUUUUGCGAAAAGAAAUGGUCUCUUGCCUCGUCAAUUUUCUUUGUACCCACGCACAACGGGGUGGACGUUCAUGUUUCCGCUUUUGAGCUCUCAACUCACUGCUGUAUACGAUAUCACGAUGUUUUACGUGGACUACGCCUUAAACGAACGUCCAUCAGAAGCAUCCCUACUUAGUGGUCGCAUGCCACGAAUGAUCCAUUUUUACAUCGAACGAGUGGACAUUUCGGUUUUGCGUGACAACAGUGAGAGUGAAAUGGCCACCUGGCUUGAAAACCGCUUUGAACGCAAAGAGUCUUUACUGAAGGCAUUCUAUCAAGAGAACGGCAAGCUUCCUGAUAACGCUCAACGUCUCUUUGAACAAACGAAUAGUUCUGCUUCGGCAGCAGUGAUAUUGUUUUGGCUUGGAUUACUCACUGCCACGACAAUCUGCGGAGUUUAUGGCAAGUCAAUAUCUGUCAUUGCUGCAGUGACAAUUGCUGCUGGAUACACCGUAUACACUGCAUUUGGCUCCGGCGUAGACGGAUUUCUUGUUGAAAACUUAAAGUAA